AUGGGGACUGUACCAGAUCCUCUGAGAUCAGCCAAGCUUUCCCUGGUCACAGCUUCUGCUGAGGAGGACCACCUGGGAGACCUGCAGUCUGCUAAGCACCAGUCUCAACUACCCGGUGGAGAGAGGGCCAGCAAUGGCUUCCCGUGCACGCUGUCCGGCUCUGCUGGCGUUUGCUUGUUCGACCUGAAAUGCAUGGCGGCUGCCAGCACGCAGAGGUGCGAGCGAUGCUGCAAGGACGAUGCUAGCCCUCCCGGGCUCACCAGCAAAGCUGCGGAGGGGGGUCCUUUGGCUGUAGAGCCUGCUGGUUGCUGCCGGGGACCAGCAGCAUCAGUCCCCGCUGCAGCAGGAGCCCCCUCGGUGGGGCGGAGGCCAGAGAUGAUGCCAGCCCCCCAGAGCUCCCGGCAGUUUGUGCAAGGCAGCCAGGUGAAAACAAGCUCCCUGAUGCAAAUGGAUGACUCUGCCUUGAAACCUCAGGGGACUGAUGUUCAGCCGGCACUUGAGGUGUCAAAUUAUUCUUCCCCAGGUGACCCUAUGAGGGGUAGUGAGUCCUGCUGUACUUCUCAGGCAAACCUUCUGCAUAGAGGGGAAGAAGACAGGGAAACAGAAAAAACUGGUUCUGCUGCAUGUCAGUCGGCCUUGCCAGAGAGGCACACCAAAGCUGACCUGGGGAGAGACCCACAGGCUGGUUUGGAGGCAAAAAGCGGGGCUGCAGACACCGUGCAGUUGCAUCCCACAGAUAAAACUGAAGCUGUGCAGAGCAGUGAGGCACCAGCCCAGCCUGGCCACGAGAGUCCGCAUCCCGUACACAAUGUGGACACCGAGCCAGGGAGUCCAAGCCAUGCUCAGCUCUCCAAAUUCAGAGAAACGGGUACAAUGACAGUUCAGUCGGAGAGCAGCUCUUUAACUCAGGAAGCAGUAGGCAGGACAUGGCAAGAUGCUGAGGUGCAGGCCGUGGCUACCGUGGAGAGCAAAUCGGCCUCCACCAGCCCCAGCAUCCUUGCUGCCUUCUUAAAAGGGAAUCGUCCUCUGGAGGAGAAGGAAGAACUGCACAUAAUUUACCAAGGAGGUAUGGGGUUGAGCCAGUUUGUACUUACUGACAGCUUCCCCUCACAACAAAAGCCCCCAUGUUCUCCCAGUGUCACCCCAGAAUUGACUGUUGUUACAGCUGUAGGUGCUUCAGCCCACACCCAGCCUGCCAAGCUGCCUGAGGUCCCAUCUGACGUGGUGUCUCCAGCCUCAGCAGAUAAUGCCAAACCUGCUCUCCCCUCCUACCCUGCAGCCGUUGCCUCCCAGGGGACAUCGGUGGGUAAUGCUGAAAGGGUCGGUGCAGCCCGUGACAGCAAGGGUGCUGCUGGGCUGCCAAUGGAUGCUCCAGUCCCACCAAAGCCCAUCCCUGGUAAGCAGCUUGCUGCUGACUCCAGUGAUCAAGCCCCAGCACAGUCUGGGUCUAGCACUGGUGAGCCAAGCACCGCAUCUGCUGCUGCUGUCCCAGGAACCCAGAACAGCAUGCGAGAUACUGUUCAUGGCGCAGGAAGCAGCUGGUUACCUUCUCUCUACAGUACAGACAGUGACGUGGAGCAGAAGGAGGUCCUGGGCAGCUCUGAGCAAAAGCCUGCCCAAUGCAAGGGUGCGAGUCAAGGGGAGGCCAUUCCUAAUCAAUCUGUGGUACAACCCAAGGAAGAAAACUCAGUGGUGCUCGAUCCUAAAGGAGGGAUGGAUGUUAGCAGCCAACCCGCUUCUGUCCGCGUGAAGGCAUGCUCAGAGGGUGCAGGUGAACAGGAGGAGGGCCGAGGCCAUGGAGGUGCUGGCCAGGCUCAGAUGGCUGGCGGCCAGGGCCUGCGGGCAAUACUGACGCCUGAGCUUUGCGUGAGCUCCGCACGCCCCAGCCCUCCGUCAGAGGCACCAGCAGCUCCCCAGCAGCAAGGCCUCCAGGCUAAGGAGUCCACACGUGAGCCUCGCACAGCAGCUCCCCCUUCUUCAGCUCAGGCCUUGCCGCUCUUAGGGGAAAACAAAAAGCAGCCCACCCCGGCCAUGGAGGCGAAAGUGCAGGUGAAGCAGUCUAAGCAUGUCAGGGACGUUGUUUGGGAUGAGCAAGGCAUGACGUGGGAGGUUUACGGUGCUUCCCUCGAUCCAGAGUCCCUGGGAAUUGCCAUCCAGAACCACUUACAGAGACAAAUCCGGGAACACGAGAAACUGAUCCGGGCCCAGAACAGCCAGACCCGGAAAUCCAUUUCCUCGGAUACAUCCUCAAAUAAAAAACUGAAAGGGAGGCAGCACAAUGUGUUCCAGUCCAUGCUGCAGAAUUUUAGGCGUCCUAAUUGCUGUGUCCGACCUGCUCCCUCUUCUGUGUUAGACUGA